AACCAAAGCCAGGUGUCUGCUCAGCGAACCUUGGAUGCGUGCAUGGAAGACAACAGGCUGCAACGCAAGCACAAGCCGAGAAACGGCGGAAGCCAACAAGAACGGCCGCCCCCGCCUCCGUUCAUCUCUAUCCCGUGCCGCCCGUCCGCCAGGCAUAGCCGAGCAUGUUGGCUUGCGCUGUUCUGCCAAGCAAACACCAAACAGGCUGGGAGAGGCAGGGCUAGUAUUCUGCCUGUGCGCAUGCAGAGUACACAGACACGAGCGGUCGAUCUUCUUCUAGUUCUAUAGAAGCGCAGUAGCGAGCCAAAGGAUAUAAGCGUGCGCGUCAUGGAGCAAACCGAUGCGGUGAGCGGCACGCCUGGAGCGGGAGUGGAUGGUGGUGAGAGGACGUCGAGGAAGGCGGCGACGGCACUGAAGCUGGUGGCGGCCGUGGACUCGAGCGAGGAGAGCCUGCACGCGCUGUCGUGGGCGCUGGACAACAUCGUGCGGUGCCACCCGGACGCGACGCUCGUCGUCGUCCACGCCCAGCACGCCGUCGACCACUUCGCCUACCCCGUCGCCGCGCACGGUAUCAAUAUCCUUCCGUCGUGUAAGUCCACGGCGGCGGAGUCCAUGCGGAAGGCGCAGGAGGAGAACUCCCGCAGGAUCGUGGCGCGCGCGCUGGACAUCUGCAAGGAGAGGCAGGUGGGCGCCACGGGCACCGUCGUGGAGGGCGACGCCAAGGAGGCCAUCUGCCAGGCCGUGGAGCGGAUGCACGCCGGGCUUCUCGUCCUCGGCAGCCGGGGACUCGGCAGAAUCAAGAGGGCGUUCUUAGGCAGCGUGAGCGACUACCUCAUCCAUCACGCCUGCUGCCCAGUGCUGGUCGUGAGGCCCAGGCCGACCAAGUGAGCUCUGAUGCCUGUCGUUCUCAAGUAGCACUCCAGUAUUGUAAUUAAGUGUGGCCCAGCUACUAUAUGUGUUUUAUGUAUGUUCAUACAAAAAUGAACAAACGGAAAUCCGAAUAAAGAACUGACGCAUGGUAUA